AUGUUGUCUGCUCGAGGACUCAAGAACGUCAACGAGCUAGAUGUGCCAUGGCGGUUUGCUCCCACCCAAACGUACGACCCAGAAACAAAUCCAAUGGGGCUGAUAUCAUUCGGAAUGGCUGAGAAUAAACCUAUGAAAGCGGAGAUGGCCAGAUAUAUAAACCAACAGGUCACUUUCACACAGGACUCUAUUAGCUACCGCUCAAGCGCACCAACAACAGCAAGACUACCUGCUGCUGCGGCAUUUCAUUUGAACGAUAUUCUUGCGCCGCGUAUUCCCAUUGACUCGGAGCAAAUAGUUGUCGCAGACUCUCCUACUUCCCUUGGAAACAUGCUUGGAUACAGUUUGGCAGAGCAUGGCGAUGGGAUUCUUGUCAAUAGACCUGUUUAUGGGCGCUUUGAACUUGAUUACGGCGUCGAGGCGGGUAUCAAGAUGGUCUAUGCUAACACCAAUGUGGAGGAAGCCUUUCUCCCUGCCUCAGUGGGAAAGUAUGAGCUUGCUUUGGCAGCGGCAAAGGAAAGGGGCAUGAGAAUCCGCGCGGUCUUACUUGUUAAUCCGCAUAAUCCUGUUGGUCGGUGUUAUCCGAUUGAGACGCUCAAGGCAAUCGCCAAAUUUUGUAGCAGGCACGCGCUUCACCUAAUCAGUGAUGAGGUGUAUGCUUCCUGUGUCUUUGAAACAACUGAUCCCGAAGCUGUGCCAUUCACUUCGAUCCUCUCCCUUGAUCUGUCAAACUUGAUAGAUCCCAACUUGGUUCAUGUAUUGUAUGGGUUCAGCAAGGACUUUGCUUCGGGGGGUCUCCAUCUCGGGUUCCUAGUAACGCAAAACCAACAACUCCGACGUGCUUGUAAAGCGGUUCUACUGACACCUAUCAGGAGACUCCAUGGUGCAUCCCAAGCAGCCGUAACGAUUGGUACUGCCGUUUUGGAAGAUCGAGCCUUCGUUUCGAGCUUCAUAGCCAGGUCGCGACAGAGUCUUGCAUCAGGAUACCUGCUCACAACAUCCAUCUUGGAAAGAGAAGGAAUAAAAUUCAUCAGAGGGGGGAAUGCCGGAUUUUUUGUGUACAUUGAUCUGUCACCGUAUCUUGAGGGUGAAGAUAUUGCUCCUAAACAGCGGGAGUUCGGUCUGGCGCAGAGGAUUCUAGAUGCUGGUGUAUUCUUGCAUCCCGGCGAGGAGCACUCGAAGGACGUGGGUUGGUUUCGAUUGGUCUUUUCACAAGACGAAGGGACAUUGAAGGAAGGACUGAGGAGGUUGAUUGGUGCUUUGAAGUCUGCAUGA